AUGAGCAAUAAUAACGAAGAUAGUUAUGAGCUGGAUAGUGAUGAAAUUUCUGUGAGUUCUAUUAAAGCAUUAGUCUCUGAUAAUCUGAAUGAAGAUGAAAAUCAGGAAGGAGAACAACCUGAAGUUAGUAAGGAUCCCGUACUAAAUCAAUAUCAUGAAGCAUGCCAGAUGGGUGAUUUGAAAACCGUGAAGGAAUUAAUUGAAUCUGGAACUAUAGACAUAAAACAUGAUUGGGAUGACAUAGAGAGAGUGUCUGGGAUACACUUUGCGAGCGGGAAUAAUAGGUUGAAUCUUGUGAAGUAUUUGAUUUCUCAAGGUGCGGAUGUUAAUAUGAAAGCUGGAGAUUUUGAGGCCACACCUUUGCAUUGGGCAUCGAAGAUGGGUUAUGUUUAUAUCGUUCAUGCACUCAUAGAAAACGGUGCUGACCUAUCUCUUCUUGACAAACAGGGCUUCGACGCAUUGCAUAUUGCAACUUUUUCUUCUAAUAUAAUGCUUGUGCUUUAUUUAUUGUUUACUGAACGACUAUCUGUGGAUAGUGCGGAUCCAACGGGAAAGACCUCUCUUCAUUGGGCUGCAUAUCAGGGUGACCUGUUAACGGUAAAGGCACUUCUUAGAUUUCAAGCUAGUGUAAAAGUUACAGAUAAUAAUGGGUUCACACCUUUGCACUGGGCUAUUUUGAAGGGCCAAUGUAGCAUUAUUAAGGAAUUAGUUGAAAAUGGAAGUGAUGUAUUUCAGAAAAAUAAUGACGGCAAGAAUAGUUUCACUUUAGCGCGGGAAAUGAAAACGGAGCAUACCCUAGAGCAAGCUUUAUACGAGUGUGGGUUUAAUAAAGAUGGGUAUCCGUUGCGCAAAUAUUUUAGCAAUCCGCUCCACGCAAAGGCCGUAACCUUUUUAACUCCUACUUUUGUAAUUGGGUUGGUUCUUGGAUCAAUUGCAUAUCUCAACACUGUAUUUUCUCUUCUGAUAUUAGCAGUUACUAUGGUAAUUACUCGUUAUGCAUUGUUUAACUUUGUUCUUCCAUCGUUUAUCUUGAAACGAGGCCAUGGCUUGAUCUUCGAGACACCAUUGCUACCAGGUGUUAUUUGGGGUACUAUAUUUUGGAUGUUCUAUAUCUGGAUUUUCAAAGUUUUCCCCUUCACAGCAACUGAGAUGCCGCUAACGAAUAUCUUGAUGUUGGUGUUGUUUGGAACUGUUAUCAUGCUUUUUGCAAAGUUAAUCCAGUCAGAUCCUGGUUGCAUUCAAGCGGAGUCCGACUACAAUGAAAUACGUUCUACUAUGAAAUAUCUAAUACAGACAGGGAAAUUUGAUGCAAAACAUUUUUGUAUUCAUACAUGGGUCCGUGUACCACUUAGAGCUAAGUACAAAAGCAGUGUUAACUCUCUCAUUGCACGCUAUGACCACUUCUGUCCCUGGAUAUACAAUCAUGUUGGGUUUAGAAAUCACAAAAUGUUCAUGUACUUCGUGCUUCUAUUGGUCGUAGGUAUCGCGACUUUUUACAGGCUAGUUUUUGGCUAUUUUAAUGAACUUGAAGACGCUUAUGAAGGGGGCAACGAAAAACUCAGCUGCAGCUUUUUGGGCGAUGAUGAACUAUGCGCAGGUUUUACUUACGAUCCACACACUUUUUUCACAUUAAUUUGGGUAGGUAUUAACCUUCUGUGGUUGAUGGGCUUGCUUUUUGUACAAACGUUCGAAGCUUGUAAAGGUGUUACAGACUAUGAAUUCUAUCAGUGGAAUAGGAAGCGUAAGGGACUAGCCGUGUUCGAAGACACCUUCAAUUCUACUCCACAAGAGCUUGCGGACAAAUCUGAACAGGAAACUCCGGUACAGUUACCACGUGUGGGUUCUACAUCCCAACGUCACUGCUGUAGCAUGGUUUUUGCUAUUGUAGGCUUGGACAGAUUUAUUAACGUACUAAAGACUACAAGGAUAAACAAGUAUGGUAACGGUCCUCUAGGGGAAAGUUCCGAGCAUUCAUCUGUUUCAUUUCCUAUAGAAACGGAUUACGGUUGGAAACAGAAUUUAAAGGACUUUUGGCUAACAAGCGAUUUUUCUGCUCCAUUAUGGCGCAGACUUCUUCUUCCACCAUCUGGAUCAAAAGGUACUCUAAAUGGUGAAGAGGUUGACUACUUUAAACUAUACAAGUUGCCUGAGCGAGUAUUAGCUAUAGAGGAUAUUGUAUAA